AUAUUUCUUCUUCUUCGCUUGACGAUCGAAAGAAAAGAUUUGAACUUGUUCGAUGAAUGAAUGAUGAAUGGGUGAUGGUCUGUCUAUAAGCUGUGUUCCCCUCUCACAACCACAAACCAAAUCGAUCAUCUUGCCAUUCUCCUCCAUUUUAUUUAUUCUUUGUAGCUUUCCCACUCAGUCUAUCCUCUCCUCCUCGCUUAUUCCUUCCGUUUGCCCAAAUCCAUGUCUGCCUGCCAUAAACUUCCACCACCGAUGCCGAUGAUCCCUCCUUGGUAAACUGACGACUCAUGGGAAGCUCCGGCUCCGCCGUGCCGUCGGCGAAUUACUCGACGCCUGUUGCCGCAUCUCCGGCCAAGAGGAGGAGCGGCGGCCACGGCGGCUGGGAGGAGCGCUCGGACGCUCUGCGGAGGCUCGGGAGGCGGGUUAAGCCCUUCGAGCACUUUGGCGCACUGGGGCUCUUCGUCCUCACCGCCGCCCUCGUCUUCCUCCUGCUGCUGCGCCUCGUGCACUCCGACUAUUACGGCGUCGCUGGCCUCGCGUGGCAGAGUGGGCCGGCCGUGGGCGGCGGCGGGGGCUGCGAUUGGUUCGACGGGGAGUGGGUGUGGGAUGAGGGGUACCCACUGUACGAGUCGGUGGACUGCCCGUUCUUGGACGAGGGCUUCCGCUGCUCCGAGAAUGGAAGGCCCGACCGUAUGUACACCAAGUGGCGGUGGCAGCCUGCUGGCUGCGAUCUCCCCAGAUUUGAUCCCAAGAAGAUGCUGGAGAAGCUAAGGAACAGAAGGCUGGUUUUUGUAGGCGAUUCAAUUGGAAGGAAUCAAUGGGAGUCUCUCCUUUGCAUGCUUUCUGUGGCUGUUUCAAAUAAGAGCUCAAUCUAUGAAGUAAAUGGAAGCCCAAUCACAAAACAUAUGGGCUUCUUGGUGUUUAACUUCAGUGACUACAACUGUACUGUGGAGUAUUACAGAGCACCAUUUCUGGUGCUCCAAAGCCGUGCCCCAGCAGGUGUGCCCAAAAAAGUGAAGACUACUCUUAAAUUGGACAUUUUGGAUUGGACUUCUAAUAGAUGGAAGGACGCUGAUGUCCUUGUCUUCAAUACUGGGCACUGGUGGAACUAUGAGAAGACCAUUAGAGGGGGUUGCUAUUUCCAAGAAGGAGGCCAGGUGAAGAUGGAGAUGAGUGUGAAUACAGCUUAUCAAAGAUCAAUUCAGACAUUGUUUGAGUGGAUUCGUAAAGAAGUCAAUAGGAGCAAGACUCAAGUCAUCUUCCGAACAUAUGCUCCUGUUCAUUUCAGAAGUGGCGACUGGAAAACAGGUGGGAAUUGUCACUUGGAGACACUACCAGAUUUAGGUCCACGGUUAUCUUUAAAACCUUGGUCACAUUUCUUGAGGCCACUUAGGAAUGUGCCCUUGGAAAAUUCUACUGCAACCAAGGUUCUAGAACUGAAUCUGUUGAAUGUGACACAGAUGACAGCCCGAAGAAAAGACGGACAUUUAUCCUUGUUUUACCUUGGCAAGUUGGGUCCUUCUCCACUCCACAGGCAGGACUGCAGCCACUGGUGCUUACCUGGGGUUCCAGAUACAUGGAAUGAACUACUAUAUGCACUCUUCAUGAGAUCUGAGUUCAUGAGGCUUCAAAAUGUGACUGUCAUUGGCAACACGAGAGUAAAGCUGAGCGAGUAAAGGUUCUGAACUCCGUUGGUCAACUUGCAGUGAACAACUUCAUUACAGAAUAUCCAUUUUUCUGAGAGAUCUGUUACAUGCUCUUCUGAGAUUGAGCCACCAUUGUUGAAAGGUCGAUUUCAGGAUUUUGUGAGGCUUGUUGGUAUAGGAUACUGUCAGUUGCCAAGUAUUUGUUGUAAAUAGGCAAUUGCCUAGAAAUUUUACCCCAGCAGCACUAGAAUCUGGGGUAAAAUUCAACAACUAUUUGAUGUAAAUAGGCAAUUGCCUUUUGUGAUAUACAGGAAAACAUGAUUAUUUUCUGUAGAUGGUCGAGGGAAAAUUAUACAUCACAGAUGUUGGGUAUUUGGUGAGUUUGUUUAGGCACCAUAUUUUUUCUUGUUCUUGGACUCCUGAUGUACUUGUGUUCAUUAUCAUUUCUUACUAAAAGGUUUUGAAUUGAA